AUGUUUGACACAAAAUUUCUAUUCUUGAUAUUUCUAUUUUCUAUUCUAUUUUCGUUGAACCAUGCUGAUCAAAAAACUCAAAAGCCUCCUCCAAAACUCCGCCCCCAAAUCCAUUUCAAAUUAGGUCGAACGGCUCAUCAAGAGCUCCGCGCUUUUGAGUACUACUUUCCGGGCAAUGAAAUCGGCAAUAUUUUCCUAGAAAACGACAAAAAUCAUCCAAUCUUAGAUAAGCUCAAUCAAUUCAUUGCUGACACGAACAUCUCAGAGAGAGUCAGGAAUGAAUUCAAAAUCGCCAAGAUUGGAUAUAAAUAUUUGACAUCAUUAUCUGAAGAUGAGAAGAAAUCGAUUGCAGCGGCUCGACAAUUGUUGGGACAUGUGGCUGAGUUGUUGGAGAGGUUGCCGAUCGAUCGAGCUGUGAGGAUCUCUCGUCUUAUUCCAUUGCCCGAUUUCGGUCCACUUCUCAACAACAAAACGAACGAGUUGAUGGGACCGAGAGAAAGAACACCACAACCAAAUAUUUGGGAACAAAUUAUU